AUGCCAUGCUCAAAGGUACUGAUGUUAACCAACCUGGUGACUGGAAUGGAAAGAGGGAAGGUGGGGCAGGAGGGAAGGAGCAAAGGUGGGGAAGGGGGCGGUGGGAAAGGGGGCGGUGGGAAAGGGGGCGGUGGGAAAGGGGGCGGUGGGAAAGGGGGCGGUGGGAAAGGGGGCGGUGGGAAAGGGGGCGGUGGGAAAGGGGGCGGUGGGAAAGGGGGCGGUGGGAAAGGGGGCGGUGGGAAAGGGGGCGGUGGGAAAGGGGGCGGUGGGAAAGGGGGCGGUGGGAAAGGGGGCGGUGGGAAAGGGGGCGGUGGGAAAGGGGGCGGUGGGAAAGGGGGCGGUGGGAAAGGGGGCGGUGGGAAAGGGGGCGGUGGGAAAGGGGGCGGUGGGAAAGGGGGCGGUGGGAAAGGGGGCGGUGGGAAAGGGGGCGGUGGGAAAGGGGGCGGUGGGAAAGGGGGCGGUGGGAAAGGGGGCGGUGGGAAAGGGGGCGGUGGGAAAGGGGGCGGUGGGAAAGGGGGCGGUGGGAAAGGGGGCGGUGGGAAAGGGGGCGGUGGGAAAGGGGGCGGUGGGAAAGGGGGCGGUGGGAAAGGGGGCGGUGGGAAAGGGGGCGGUGGGAAAGGGGGCGGUGGGAAAGGGGGCGGUGGGAAAGGGGGCGGUGGGAAAGGGGGCGGUGGGAAAGGGGGCGGUGGGAAAGGGGGCGGUGGGAAAGGGGGCGGUGGGAAAGGGGGCGGUGGGAAAGGGGGCGGUGGGAAAGGGGGCGGUGGGAAAGGGGGCGGUGGGAAAGGGGGCGGUGGGAAAGGGGGCGGUGGGAAAGGGGGCGGUGGGAAAGGGGGCGGUGGGAAAGGGGGCGGUGGGAAAGGGGGCGGUGGGAAAGGGGGCGGUGGGAAAGGGGGCGGUGGGAAAGGGGGCGGUGGGAAAGGGGGCGGUGGGAAAGGGGGCGGUGGGAAAGGGGGCGGUGGGAAAGGGGGCGGUGGGAAAGGGGGCGGUGGGAAAGGGGGCGGUGGGAAAGGGGGCGGUGGGAAAGGGGGCGGUGGGAAAGGGGGCGGUGGGAAAGGGGGCGGUGGGAAAGGGGGCGGUGGGAAAGGGGGCGGUGGGAAAGGGGGCGGUGGGAAAGGGGGCGGUGGGAAAGGGGGCGGUGGGAAAGGGGGCGGUGGGAAAGGGGGCGGUGGGAAAGGGGGCGGUGGGAAAGGGGGCGGUGGGAAAGGAGCAAAGGUGGGAAAGGAGCAAAGAGUGUGGAAACAAGAUCUUAACAUUGAAGAAUUAUGUAUAAAUCAAGAAUUUUAG